GAAAUAAAAGGGACACACAUUUAUUUCUUAUUUAUAAAAAUAUCUGCUUUCGCUUAUAGUCAACUGUUUUGUCUUUCUUAUACUACACACAUUCACACUUUCUUUCUCCAACUGGGAAAAUGGAUAGCCAAGACCCCAGAAAGAAUCAUACACAUACACCAGGGCAUGGGAGUCAUGGAGUUCAUGUGUGUCACAGAUGUGGGUGGCCCUUUCCGAAACCACAUCCAAGUGCAAGAUGCAAGCGUGCACACAAUAAGAUAUGUGGAACUCUUGAAGGAUACAAGGUUGUUGACUCUGAGGAGACUUCCCUCUCGGCUCUUUCUGAUGAUGACAAUGUUUCUGAUGAAGAACCUGAAACCCCUAGUCCAAAAGGUUUGGAGAGAAGUAGUAACGAGAAGGGUAGUGGCGGAGUAGGGAACAUAUCAAAUAGAUCAGAAGACGAGGUCUUUAAGGAUGCUGUUGCGGAAUUUCCUGAAAGUGGAUACAGUUCGGUGACGGGAGAGCAUACUAGGGAUGUUAAAGAACAGGAAAUUGGCCUGGAGUUCAAUAAAGCCACUGCUCAAACAUCCAAGGAUGGUUCGAUUAAUGUUACCGGCCCACCUCCUAGCAAUUCAGCCGACCCCAUCCAAAUGCAAAGUACUGAAGCUCCAGUAUGCAAUCUGUCUGGAAAAGCACAAGAGUCCCUAGAUCAUGACUCAAAUUCUACCAUUGGCUUCAUGACUAGACCUUUAAUAGAUUGCAGAGAUGAAGAAUCUGGCUUUGAGUAUAGCCAUAAUAAUGAAGGUUCAGCAUGUGACUCAAUCCCCAUCAAACUUGAAACACAAACAGAUGCAUCACAAGAGAAUAAGAAGAUUGGUGCUGGAAAGGAUUUGUCAGAGUCUGAUGCAAAAGGAUAUGAAGGAACUAAAUUUGAUGCAGGGGAAGCAUCUGAGAUGGUAUCCAAGUUGCAGAAGAUGGAGGAUUUAACUUCAGAGCCUGUGCCUACUGCAGAAUCCCUUAAAUUGAAGGAAGGCCAUGCAGAUGUUUUAGCCUCUGGAAUGUCUUUAAAUGAUCUCUCCUCUGAAGUUAAAUCGGAUGAACCUGUUGAUUCUUCUUUUGAUGCUGCUCAGACCAAGGGGGGUGGUGUUCAAGAAAUGGACUUGACUGAUUAUGUCAAUUCAACAGACAGCUAUGAUAAUAAGGGAGAAGGGGAUGAAAAUGUACAUGUGCUUAUAGUUCCCCAUGACUUUCCUGUGGUAGCCGAUGCUGAGAACAUGGUUAAAGGUUUUAAAGACCAUGAAGGAGGGAAAUUACCCCAACUUAUAAAUGUGGAUUCAUCUGAAGUAUUUAAUAAUGUUAAGGAUUCUGGCACUAAGGACAAUCCUUCUGGUUUUAAUUCAAGGCCAUUGAUCAAGGACACCAAAGUCUCUACAUCAGAUUUGCAUGUUUUGGAUGAUAAUGUUGAACCCAGAGGUGUGGCCAGCCAGCUUAUUGUUGAAGAAUUGCCUGAUGAAGCAGAAGAUGAUGUGCCCCUUAAAUCAGAAGUUGGUGUAACAGAUGUUGUGGUAGGUGACCUGGAGAAGAGCAUUUCUGUUCAAUCUCCCGAAGAAGUACCUCGUGAUCAUUGUGAAACUUCAUCUCUGACGAGUUAUCUAGAGCACACUACAAACGCCAUAUCUGUUACUAACACCCUGGUAGUGCCAAUAGAUGCUGAAGUCAGGCAGACAAACUUAGAUGAUACUGGUAAUCAUGAUAAAGAUAAAAUUGAAAGUUCCGAAAUAGCUGUAAAUGACAUAAACAAAAGAAAUGCAGUGGAGAAUUGUGCAGAAAACAGAAUACCAACUUCUGGACAUGCUAGUAUUCCCGCCGAACAAGUUGAUCGAAGGAACAGCAUACUUGGAGAUGUCAAUGCUGAUGCUCAUGAAGAGGGUAAAAUAGAAAGAUGCAAUGUGUCUAAAAUUGAAACUGAGGGUGAUUCUGUACCUGGAUUGGGGGAGGAAAAUCUCCUGAGGGAGCCAAAAGCAACACCUGAAUCUGCUGCCAAUGUUGAAUACCAUUUUACCUCAGAGAAUGAAAUUAAUGUGUGUGGGGGUAAGCUCUCAGAACAUCAACACAUAGAUUUAGGUAGAGUGUUGGAGCUUCAAGAUAGCAAAAAGGAACCUGAAAGCAAUAGUAUGGCCAAUCUACAAGAGCAUGAUGGCAAAGUUAGUACAUUUGCUGAAUCAGAUGGCCGUGGAGAUGUUGAGGUAUUAUGGGAGUCUUCUGAAGACAAAAUGGUGAGAGAGCCUCCUGUUUCUCCUCCAGAGAUUACAUCUUCCCUUCAAAACCCUUCCCCUAUUGCAGAUAGUCAUGCCAGAGAUUUCCUUGCAGUUGCAUCUGGGAACACAUCUGACUUUUUGCCUGUUGAAGGUGAUAAUAACUUAGUUACACAACAGGUUGUUGCAUCUGCUACUGACUUUUCAGUUGAUUCAAGUAGCCAAACUGAUAGUUUGGAAGCUCAUUGGGGUUCCGUUUCAGUGCUUUCCACCCAAUCGGAUAUACCGACUAUUCUUGAUGCUGAGACUUUGCCAUCAAAUGGUUCCCAAGCAUUAUCAGAAGCAGAGAAAGCCACCUUGAAGAUGCUGAGAGCUGCUUCUGAGACACAACAUGCUGAUAAAUCAGAUGUUUUUGAGGCCCCUUCUUUCAUGACAUUGGUUGAACCUACAGAUGGGAUUAACCAGAAAGCCGAUGCAUCUGAAGCCCAGACAACACAGAACCCUCAACAGCCAAAAGCUGCUUCUGUACAAGCUGGUUGGUUUCCAUCCAUUACUAAUGUUGUUAAUGAUUCUCCGGGGAGAAAGAAGAAUGAAGAGAUUAUGGCCAAGGUCACGAACUGGAGCACGGGGAAACAACACCCUCCCUUGAAGAGCCCACAACAUGCUCCGAAAAUCCUUUUGGGUAAGGCAAACAUGGAAACCAAAUCCAAGUCUCCAGAUGCUAAGGAAAUCCCAGUUGACAAAGGUGACCCUGCAGCUAAUAGUAAUGGCACUUCACCUAAAACAUUGAGCCCGAUUCUGGUUCCUCAAGAGCCUGUGGGUGAGCCUGUCAAGGAUGAAGAGAAAACAUGGAAUCUUCCAGCAAGGCACCCUGCAGAUAUUAAGAGUGAGAAGAAAAAAGUCAAGGGAAGACCACACUGGGCACAAUUUGUUUGCUGCUCAUCUGUAAACGAGGACAGUUAGAGCCUUUGGCUAUAGAAUAUAGGAAUGUUGAUGCAUGCGGGAUGGUUCCCCACUGAACUAGCUAUAGUAAAGAUUUGUGCUUGUUGAACUCUGACCACCAUCACAAUAUUAUCCUACAUGGUGCUCGGUGUAAUUUUGAACUUCGGUGGACUUAAAAGUACAUAUGUAUGGCUCAUCAGAUUAGUACUAGCAUUGAAGAGUGUUCUAGUGCCGGUAGCGUCGUUUUACCAGCAGUUCUCUCUUUUCUUCC